UAGGUUUUGCAUAAGGGAAACAACAAAUCAUACUAUAGAGAUAGCACACUUAACAGUUUAAAUAUUCUUUGUUCCACAGUUCAGUAGAGAACAGGUUAUAUUUUUAGCUGACUCUUAAGAAUUAAUCUGCAAACAGUUUUAUACAUAAAUGGAAUUUCAAUUUUUUCAUGGAAAUAUAACUAAAGAAAAGUGUGAAGAAUUAUUGAGCAAAGUAGGAAUAAAUGGAAGCUUUUUACUACGAGACAGUGAGAGCGUACCUGGUGCUCUUUGCCUGUGUGUUUUUUAUGAACAUCUUAUCUACACUUACCGAAUCUUCAGGAAAAGAAAUGGACAUUUUAUGAUGCAGACAUCUGAAGGUACUCCAAGACAUGUCUUCAGAACAUUAAACUGUUUAAUUGACAACUACAAAAAGCCAAAUCAAGGCCUAGUCAUCAAUCUGUGCUACCCUGUAAAUCGUUGUCCUUACUAUCAAGAAACUCAGACAGUGUAUGUCACUAAAGAAGAAGCAUAUGAGGAUCCUGAUGCUUGUGAAGAUUACAUUAACGUCUUGCCUGAUUAAUCUGUUCACUCCAUUUCAGCAUGGGCAUUCUGUGGAUCACAACUGUGCAAACUCUUCUAUUCACUUCACUGGAUUCUAUGUUCAUUUGUACUUUGGAUAAUUCUGUGACAAAUACCAAUUUUUACUUGCUGGCUGGCUUGUUUGUGUAAAAAGGCACAUUUUAUAAAAUGCAUACAUACUUGUAUAAUCUUCUUUCCAUGUACCAAGUACAUACAUGUGUCUCUGUAAAUGGUCACUUUAUGACCUGAUGAAGUGGACAUCUGAAAAGCUUAUACCACAAAAAUGUGAUAGCUUUUUCCAUAUUGUAAUAUCUCAUUGUAUUUUCAUUUUAAGUUUUCCUUUAUUUGCACUAUUUAACUUACUAUAUUUGAGAGGCAAGGAUCUUUGAUGUUUAUAAAUUUUUAAAUUAUUUUAGUUAGUAAUAUUCAAUAUCAUUGCUAUAAGUAACACUUACAAAACAGACAUAUAUUUAAAUCUCAUGGAGUAUAGGUUUUAAGAUCACAGUAAUAAACAUAAGAAUCCUAAGAAAGUUUAUAUGGCUGAUCAAGUAGCUGUGCAAGAUUUGGUUAAGUAGCAUAAGCACUGACAGUAAUUACCAAUUAUUAAGUUAAGAAAGCCAAAUGCUUCACUUAUCAUGCCACAUCAUGUCCAUGCAAGAGGCAAAGUUUGGAAAGAUCAAUUACCUUAAUAGCUUAUGCCCUCUCAGAAAACUUUUUAUUUACUAAAAUUGUAUUUUUAAAGAUUACAUGUGCUUCAGGGUUAAAUUGUGGGUCUUUAGUCUUCUUUGAUUUUAUUUCUGCAUAUAUAUUUCUGCAUAAAAGAAACCUGCAAACUCUGCUCCUCCAUGCCAUGGGUGUCAAACUCACGGUGUCACGUUGCCUUCACAUAACGUUUCACAUUGUUUUUCCCUUCACUGGGGUGGAUGUGGCCUGCACGUGACACAUCCGGCCCUUGGGCCACCAGUUUGACACCCCUGCUCCAUGCAACGAUGAUGUCACCUAGCCUGUAAAUGAAAUGUCUGCAGGAAGAAAAGGAAACUCAAGAAGAUACCAAGAAGCCAACAAUUGUUUGAACUACAUAAUUUUAUUUGGGUGAAGUGUCACUAUACAAGGAAAGAUACAAUUGCAUAUAGUUUUUCUUGAUGGUAUUUUACAAUGGAAUUUUACAUAUUGAUCAAUUGUUGCAGGUAGCAUGCAGUAUGAAUUCAAGGAACUCUUAUAAAAUGCUUUCUUUUUAGUUUAUAUAUGAAAAAUAGAAUGCAUAACAUCUAGCGCUUUAAAUAAGCUGCAUUUUAGAAAAGAAAAACAUCAUUAAAAUGUUUGAUUAGUUCCACUAAUUCAUUUUCUUGUUAAAGUAAAGCUAUUACAGAGUUUCGUCAUCCCCCCCCCCUUUUAGUAAAAACAUUGGCAUGUUACUAAUAUUUAAAAAAGUACUAGAAUGCAAAAAAGGGACAGUAUGCCAGAGAAAUGAGUUUAAAUUUGAAAAAUUAUAUACAUCCUUUUAACUUAAAAUUACAUUAUUAAACUAGACAUAGUUCUAACUUUUUAAAAAGUUACCAAAGUAUGAAUAAAAUCACUGUAUCCUCACAGUACAUUAUUUGAAAUU